UGUCACUUUUGUUGAUAAUUAUUUAUGUAAUUUUAUUUAUUUCUUUCUGUACAUUUUUGAAGCGUACAAUUUUAGCAUAUAUUCAAGAUCGGAAAGGUCUUAAUAAAGAUGGUUACGGAGGAUUCCUACAACCUUUUUGUUUAAACCGAAGCUCUAUAGAUUUUAUUGAAGGUGAAUUUGAGGUGAUAUCUGGAUUUAAUGUGGAAUAUUUUAGUUCAGGAUUUCCAUACUUUUUGGCAGAGUAUGAAAUAAUUAUUUUUGUGAGGGUUGUAUUUACUUUAAUAUUUACUAUAUUAUUUAG